GCAUUGGUCUGGGCGCCUCACAUCGAAGAUUGCAGCGUGGUCGCGGCCAGCGCUGCACCAGAUUUGCUGAAGGCUCGCCUGGCCGCAUAGUCUUCCUGGGUUCGCCCGACUGCGUGGAGGUGGUGCUGCAGUCUCUCUGGAAUGCCAGCCAGGCCUCGGCAGAUUUCGAGGUCUGUGCCGUGGUUUCUCGUCCGCCGAAGCGCGUCAAGAAGGUCAUCGCCAAAACUCCCGUGCAUGAGCUCGCUGAAGAUCUCGGGGUGCAUCCAGUCUCCAACAUCCUGACGCCGCCAUCAGCAAGAGAUGAGGCGUUCUUGGAGAAACUAGAAGAUUUGAAGCCUGAUGUCUGCGUGACUGCCGCGUAUGGGGAAUAUUUGCCGCGGCGGUUUCUAGAGGCACCGCGUUUGGGCACCAUCAACCUCCACCCGUCACUGCUGCCACGAUGGCGAGGCGCUUCGCCCGUGCAGCGCUGCCUGGUGGCUGGCGAUACGGAGACGGGAAUCACGAUCUUGUACACUGUGGCGAAAAUGGAUGCUGGGCCCAUCAUCGUCCAGGAGAAAAUGGCCCUCGAUGGCUCUGAGACUUCUCCAGAGCUGCUUGACAAGCUCUUCCGGUGGGGUGGCGACCUCCUGGUGGAGGUGCUGCCAAAAAUCCUCGCUGGCGAGGUCACGAUGGAAACCGCGGCCGUUCAAGAUGAACGCCUUGUGGAAAAGGCCCCGCUCAUCUCGAAAGAUGAGGGCAAACUCUGGCCACACAACGAGACGGCUCUCCAGAUGCGAGACAAGGUGCGGGGCUUCACCGGAUGGCCCGGCACCACGCUGGCGAUCGCCUGCUCGGGCUCCAAAGCUCCGCCUCAAGGCGUCCGGGUCAAAGUAGCAGGCGCAGAAGUCGUCCCCUUUUCGGCUUUUGCCACCUCGGCCAGUCCAGAUGCACCUCUACAGGAGCUCCUGUUUAUGCCCGCCGUUGACGGCUCUGAGCCUGUUGUCGGCGUGAGGCCAGCAAUGGACCCAGAGAAUGCACGCACCCAAGUUGUUCGGCGUCCAAACAUCACCAUAAAGCAAGCCAAGAGCGACUCCAGCCAGUUUCAGGUUUUGCUUCUCAAGUCCUUUCAGCUGCCUGGCAAGAAGGAGGCCCUGCACAAGUUUCAUCUGGAUCAUCACGGAUUCACGGCAUCUUCGACAGGUUCCAGCCAAAACCUUCAGAAAGGGGUACAUGACCUUCCAGCCGGCGAAAUGGCUGUCGCACGUAUCUUAGUUCAGGACCUUUCGCUCCUCCGUAUUUAUGUUCCGAUCCCAGGCGAGAUCUCCAGAUUUGGGGCAUUACCCCAGCACUUAGCUUCCGGAGCCAUGAUGUUCAAAUACUUUCGGACCAGUGGCGUGGAGCCUUGUGGGCACCUGGCCGCCGCAGAGGAGAUUUCUCCCGGCUCCUUGUACCUGGGUGGCGCCAACGCUGCGCUCGGCCUGGCGAAGGCAAACGACCUUGGCAUCACCCACGUGCUGAACGUAUCGGACCUUUACGUGUUAGCUCCCGGCCGUCAUGGCAAGCUGCUGGCCGAGUGGGUGCCGAUGGCAGACGACGGAUUUGAUGAUAUCUUUGGUCCGGUGCAAACAGCAGAAGAAUUUGAGGCGGCCAGGAAGGAAAAUCCCGACUGUCGUCCUUCGGGUGCCUACUGGCGAUGUAAAGACUUCUUGGAGGCCGCCUUCAAGGACCCGUCCUCACGUGUUUUGGUGCAUUGCGCUCUCGGCGUCAAUCGCUCCGCGAGCGUUGUCAUGGCAUGGCUGAUGGAAACGAGGGGCUGGAGUCUGACGCAGGCUCUUCAGCAUGUACAGAAUCGCAGACCUAUUGUACAUCCUGCAGACAAGCUGAAGGAGCAGUUAUUGGCUUACCAAGAGCAGCUGGGCAUCGAGGAAGCCUCAAGCGCCUCUUCCUGGGCCUCUUCCUGCAUUGUGUCAUGA